AUGAGCGCGUCUCCCGCCAACACUGCAGGGCAAAUCAUUGAUUUCAGCACCAGACUGGACUGGACAGCUCCGUCAGCUCUGGACUGUUUGUCUCCAUGUGUCCCAGGUUGUGUUGGUCCCAGAGACUGUGACUGUUCUUAUGGAUUUAUUAACACCUGUUUGAAAUCGCUGGUAGUUGAAAAGUUUGGCGAGGAGACGUGGCUCAAGCUCAGGGAUGAAGCUGGGGUCCAGGACACGUUCUUGACAUAUGAAAGCUAUAAAGAUGAAAUCACCAUGCAGUUAGUAGCAGAAGCCUGCAAGCUGCUGGGAGUGAAGCCAGAAGUUGUCUUGAGGCAGUUCGGAGAAUAUUUUUUCGAGUUUUGCAAACGCUCAGGCUAUGACCACAUGCUCCGGACUCUUGGAGGAAAUUUAUUUGAAUUCACUGAGAAUUUAGAUGCACUUCACAGCUACCUCGCCCUCUCCUACAAGGAAAUGAAUGCGCCAUCAUUUCGGGUGGAGAGGAACCCUGAUGGUACAAUGCUUCUCCACUAUUACUCAGACCGCAGAGGGCUCUGCCACAUUGUUCCCGGUAUUAUUGAAGCUGUUGCUAAAGACUUUUUCAACAGUGAGAUAACAAUGGAAAUUGUCAACCAGCUGGAGGAACUGGAAAGAACUGGGAAGAAAGAGCAUGUGGUUUUCUUGGUAACUCAGUGGCCAGCUACUGAAGCCAAGUCCAGCAGUAAAACUGGGGCUUUUCCGAGGACCCAAUCCAUCCAAACUUUGGCUAACAGACACAAUGCUAUGAUCUGGAUUAAAGAGCCCCUCCAUCAAAAGAGAUCCAGUGUCAGUUUCUCCAUGUGCAGGAGUCACUGGGAGACAAUUAGAGGGCUGGUCCGCCUCGGGAAAGGAAAACUGUUGAGGGGUUUUGAGCCAGUGUAUCCUAUGACCCUUAACAUUGAUCUGAAGACUUUCUGCCAAGCUUUCCCAUUCCAUAUAGUCUUCGAUGAGCAGCUGGUGGUGCACCAGGCCGGGGUAAAUCUCCAGAGGAUCGUCCCUGGGCUCCAGAAUAUGAGCAUCCACCUGAACCAGUACUUCAGCAUUGUGCAUCCUGAGGUCACCUUCACCAUCUCGAGCAUCAGGAAGUUCAUCAACAGCCACUUUGUGCUGCAGACAAUCAGGGACAUGAUGCCUGAGGUGUGGAACAACAGACCCAUGCUGCAGUUAAGAGGUCAGAUGAUCUGGAUGCCCUCUCUCGACUGUAUGCUCUAUCAAGCAUCUCCUCUGCUAAGAAGCCUUCAGGAGCUGGAGGAGCGAGACAUGCACAUUUCUGACAUCGCCCCCCAUGACGUCACCCGCGACCUCAUCCUGCUUAAUCAGCAGCGACUGGCCGAAAUCGAGUUGUCCAAUCAGUUGGAGAGGAAGAAGGAGGAGCUCCGCCUCCUGUCUCAACACCUGGAGGAGGAGAGGAGAAAGACAGAGAACUUGCUGUACGCCAUGUUGCCCAAGCAUGUAGCCAAUCAGCUGAAAGAGGGCAAGACAGUAGAAGCAGGAGAAUUCAAAGAGUGCACCAUACUGUUCAGUGAUGUGGUGACCUUCACUAAUAUCUGUUCCAUGUGUGAACCCAUCCAAAUCGUCCUCAUGCUUAACUCCAUGUACCUCCGAUUUGACCGACUCACAACUGUGCAUAAUGUUUACAAGGUUGAGACCAUAGGGGAUGCCUACAUGGUGGUAGGUGGGGUUCCCAUACCUGUCUCUAGCCAUGCUGAGAGGGUCGCCAACUUUGCCCUCGGUAUGAUUUUGGCUGCCAGAGAGGUGAUUAACCCUGUGACAGGAGGGCCCAUUCAGAUCCGUGUGGGUCUCCACAGUGGUCCCGUACUGGCAGGUGUAGUUGGAGAGAAGAUGCCUCGCUACUGUCUGUUUGGAGACACCGUCAACACUGCCUCUCGUAUGGAGAGUCACGGCCUCCCCGACAAGAUCCAUCUGAGCCCGACCGUCUAUGAUGCUCUGAAGAAUAAAGGCUUUGUUAUCCAGAAGCGAGGUGAGAUCGAGGUGAAGGGGAAGGGCAGGAUGACCACUUACUUUCUUGAAAGGAACCUGGGGGUCAGCGAGCAGCAGAUCAUGGGUCUCUCAGAUUUAGAGGCUGGAAUCCAAAGACCAGCUGUUCAGCGGCAGCACAGGGAUGACCUUUGCUUGAUCCCUAUGAAAUAUGGAGACAGCCUGAGUGAACCCCCACCGACAUCACAUAUGUCUGAUCCCCAGACCUGCCCAGCUAUCAAGCCCCGGGACUCAGAGAGCUACGGAAGCCUGCACACAGAUGAUCAGUUAGAGGAUGGAUCUCUGGACCAGUUAAAAGAUACCGAUGAAUUUGGCCAAACUGAGGUCAAAAACAGAAAGAAAAAUGUCAAUAGAAUACACAUCGACAGCCACGUGGACACUGAGGAACAACACUCAAUUACUGCUGCUAUGGAAACCAACUAUCAUAACAAACACACCCGAACCAGGUUCUGUGUUGUCUUGUGAGCUGGGAAUAGGAUAGAUAAAUGAUUUAUCAACCAAGGUGCCAUGUAUUUAAGUGGCUUUGCUGCUGAACAACAUCCAUUGAAAAAACUGUGUUAGAUUAGCCAGCAGCAUUCUCUGCAUUGUGAGUAUAGUGCAGACUAAAUGUCUCCUUUGUGUUAAUGUGUGAUACUUUCAAUGUCACAGAUCAAAUGUUAUGUUAUAAAGUUGACAGUAUAUGUUUAGCUUGUAUCUGUUACUAAAUAAUAAAUGUGUCAGUGAUUUGCUACAAAUAAAUCCUAUGAGUUUACUAACUAGCAAUGUAAUCUGAUUCAGUUAAGAAGUGAAGGAUCACAAUACUCACCCUUGUGUACCUGUUCCAUUUAAACCAGAAAAAUCUGCAACAUCCAGUUAAAGGUAAACUGGUUUGCACUCAGGGUAAAAAGCAGUCUUUUGAAGUUAAUUUGCUAGCAUAAGCAACAAUUUGGCUGAUGCCUUCCUUGGUGUGCAAGCUAAUACAAAAACACUGGGAAAUGCAUUAAUUCAGCAAAUGUGAACUUCAAAAGACAACUUUUUAUUAGUGCUGCUUUUUACUAGUUGGAAAAUGCAGCUGUAUUAUCAACACUUUA